CUCCCUGGUAUCCGGAUGAAGCUGGAAAUGACCAAGAUGGCAGAGCUUAGCAAGGAAACCUUCUCAUUAAUAGCCAGGUUGUACAAUGAGAUUGAAGGGACCUCCACAUACCGAGAGGAGAAUCCGAGCUGGAAAGGAACAUACUACUUCCCUCCAACAUUUGCGUUUAGUUAUGUAUAAACCAUCCAACAUAUUAACUAGUAUUUUAAAUUUAUAUAAGGGAAUACUUAUUGGCUUUUCGAAAGAAAACAUAAUGGUGCUGUAAUGACUGAUAUGAAGUGAUAACACAACCAACAAACCUGCUGACAGAUGUACUGCCUUGUAGGAAAUCAUAAUGGAAGAGGAUGGUUGUCCACCGCCGUACCGUGUAAUUGACAUGUUCACCAUGGGCACUAGGUGCAAUGACCCUUCCAGAUGCUCCAGGUUUGUUGUACCCUUUUUCGUCAAUGAGACGGAUGUGUGGGCUACAUACGUGUACGACAUAGAGGAUAAAGUUGCAUACAUGGUGGAUCCAACACUUACUGAAGCUAGGACAACUGAUGAGUUGCAUACUGAGGAUGCGAAAAAUAUUCUGGAGGGUAUACACUAUUGCCUGUGGAACAUACUGAAAAAACCCAAGUGGGAUGUGGAUGCAAGUUGGGAGUACCGCGGUGUAGACCAUGGCCAAAAACAGUUUGCACUUGGGCUCCACAGACUUGAGUGCGCGUAUGCUAUGUGGCACAUGAGGAGUGGUGGCGUGAAACGACACACAAACAAGGCUCUCCUUGGUUUUACAAAAGUCCCUCGCAUACAUGCUCACCAGGAUGGAUUGCAAUGUGCAGCAUGAGCAUGGGCCCCCGCCGUACGCGUAAUCUGUUCGUGUGUGAGGGGACCGCCACCUCCGAUCUGCUAAUAAACCAUCCAAUCUAGCCUAUGUUCGGGUGUGACCACAAUAAUCUAGCGAUCGAGUGAUCGUUAUGCUCAUUUUCAAUCAGACCGUAGGUGCUUGAUGUGUGUGUGUGU